GGUCAGUGACGACAUCCAUGACAACGAAGCGGAGGGGUAAAAAGGAAAACAAAGAGGGGGGAAAACUGGCUAUAAUGAAAGUCACAAGUUGUCAUGUGUACUUUGUAAAUUAUGAGAAGGAAGUGUCUUUCUGAAUGUACUGCACUGUUACUGUGUCCAUCCCAUGGUCUCUGCUGCGAUAGAAGUUUAGCCAAACUUCACUUCCAUGCAUUUUCUCCAGUCCGUGUGGAAAUAUUAAGAUUUGCAGCUUAGUAACCAAGAAACUGUUUUUGCAAGAAGCAACCAAAUUCAAAACAAUGUGUUUGGAGGAAUAAGAAGAGAAGAUCAGCAUGGCAGACAGGAGGACUUACAACGUUGUGAUUUUAGGUUUGGGGUUUCUGUUCAUUUUCACCGCUUUCACCACCUGUGGAAACGUUGAACAAACUGUAGUGAAAAGUCUUGGAAACUCUACUUUUACUGGGAGUGGGUACCACAGUCUUGGCAUCAUCUAUGGAGUGUUUUCCUUCUCCAAUCUACUUGCACCAACUGUUGUGAAAGUCAUUGGUGCAAAAGUGUGCAUGUUUCUGAGUGGUCUUCUAUACAGUGGUUACAUUGCAGUGUUUAUCAUCCCCUCCACCUGGUCCUUUUACCUGACCUCCGUACUCAUUGGCAUCGGAGCAGCCUUGUUAUGGACCGCUCAAGGAGAAUUUCUAGUCGAAAACUCCGAAGCAUCAACCAUCAACAGGAAUACCGGGAUGUUCUGGGCUCUCCUCCAGUGCAGCAUGCUGUUUGGGAAUCUGUACAUUUAUUUGGACUGGAAUGGAAAAACUGACAUAUCAGAAAGCAGCAGGAGAAACAUCUUUCUCUUCCUGCUGGUCGCCUCCGUCCUCGGCGCGCUCAGCUUCCUGGUGUUGAGAAAGAGCCACAAUGAAGAGGAGAUGCUCUCUGAAGAGGAAGGGCAAUCGCUGCUCUCAGCUCGCACAAUGUACAAGAGCAGAGCGAACAGCGCGUUGCAGGAUGCCAAAUCAGAAUUCAAAACCAUCCUGCAGCUCCUGAAGACUAAAACGAUCCUGCUGCUGAGUCCCUGCAUGGCGUACAGCGGCCUGGAGCUGGCUUUCUACAGCGGCGUGUACGGAACGUGUAUCGGAGCGACUACACACUUCGGAGAGGCUGCCAAAGGCUUGAUUGGGAUCUCCGGGAUUGUGGUAGGCGCCGGAGAAAUCGUAGGCGGCGGCCUCUUCGGUCUGCUGUGCAAGAACAGCCGCUUCAGACGGACCUCUGUGGUGUUCCUGGGAAUGGUCGUCCACUUCAUCGCCUCCUAUUUGAUUUUCCUGAACAUCCCGGCCGAUGCACCCAUCGUCUUGGAAACCACCACGCAGCAGACCCCGUAUCUUAACCCGAGCGUGUCCAUCGCUCUGCUGUGCAGCUUCCUGCUCGGACUUGGAGACAGUUGCUUCAACACGCAGCUCUACAGUAUUCUGGGCCACAUCUAUGCUGAAGAAAGCACGCCGGCUUUCGCCAUCUUCAAAUUCAUCCAGUCUGUGAGUGCGGCAGUGGCUUUCUUCUACAGCGGUUACCUGAUGCUGAUGUGGCAGCUCCUGCUGAUGGUCAUCCUGGGCUUCACUGGAACCCUCUGCUUCUUCGUGGUGGAGAGGAUGCAGGACUUCUUUGUGGAUAGUCAGGAAUAUUAAGAUCUUCCAGCUGCAUUUUUUUGUCUAUGACACUUUUAAAAACCCAGAAUGUUUAUUUUUGAGUCGUUGCUUUAAACAGCAGGCUGCACAGAAGUCUAAAAUUCUUGUUUCUGAUUUCUUUGAAGGUGUGUAGAUCCUCCUUUUGCAGAUUUUCCUUAUCGCUCAGCUCUACGUGGAGGUUAUUAAUGUGUGAUCUCAUCAGCUGAGCUGCACUUGACUUGUAGGCUUUAAUAAUCCCCUUAUCUUGCUUUGUGCUGCCCCUCCAGCUCAGGUUUGAAGCGAUGAUAGGACGAGCUAAAGCCCUUUAAAAAAUAAAAAAAUGCUGAAGUUAGUUUAGUUAGUUUAAAAUGUUUAAAGCUAAAACUUAAUGCUUGACAAUCACUACCUUUUGACGUUUUUAUACAUUUUGCAUUUUUGUGACAUUUCAGUGAAUAAAGUUUGUCCCAUUUUGAA